CCGUUGCUGACUCACACUGGAAUCCGACUAGGGCCGAAGUCGUUUCAAGCUCUUCCUAGCCAGACAUUUAUAGACGAAGGAAUACACUCGCGACUCGUUCCGACUGAUAAAUCUCCCUCUUGGAGCAUAUUACAAAGGUCAUAAUAUGUUCGUGAGACUGGUGCACACUUAUUCGACUUCACCUCCUAUUAGCCGGGCACCCGAUAUUCCGUGGCAAGCAGACAUUCUGGACGAUUACGAUCCUGAAUGUAGCCCUCGGUAACUUAAGUUGGUCGUUCAGGGGCCUUCCUCGCAGCGGCUGUCUGAUAGCCGGAACGAAGCCAAAGUUCUAUAGGCAUGUCACUCGAUCGGCUAUGUUGUCCGACGCACGUCACUAUAGGUGAGGAUAUUUUGAUCAUCGGCACCAGCAAAACCAUGUGCGCUUUCGUCACCCGCUUCAUUGCUGAACCAUCUAUAAAGCCCAUGGCAGAAAGUCAGAGUACGACUUUGUCGCCUACGGAGGUCCAGAGUGUGGAAUUCCAGGGUACAGACGCCCAAACGCAUGUUUCCAGUGCAGAAUCGUCAAAAGAACCUAUCAAGCUUGAUAUAGAACAUGCCCUGGUUGAAGAUGAUCCUCGAAUAUGGUCGAACGCGAAGAAGAACGUUGUAUUGUUCAUCAUAUCUGGAGCAUCGAUGAUCGCGGGUUUGUGCGCGAAUAUACAAAACCCCGCUAAUGCUCAGAUUGAGCAGCAGCUACACACCACCAGCGGAGAUAUCAGCCUGAGUUUGUCUCUUUUCAUUCUCAUUCAAGGCAAUUUCCCUGUCGUUUGGAGCGCAAUUAGCGAGAUUAAGGGCCGCAAGAUGGUGUACCUUCUCUCCGUAGCACUGUUUACACUUGGAUCUGCAAUCGUGGCAGUAUCCAGGACCAUAGGUUUGGUGAUCGGUAUGCGUAUUCUGCAAGGCGCAGGGUCAAGCGCGGUUAUCGCUAUCGGAGCUGCCACUCUGGCCGACAUAUACGAACCACAUCAACGAGGAACAAUGAUGGGUGUCUACUAUUCUGCACCUCUCCUCGGUCCUUCAUUGGGGCCAAUUAUCGGUGGUGCACUCGCACAGGGCCUCGGUUGGCGGGCGAUUUUCUGGUUCCUAGUCAUCUGGGGAGGUGUAAUAUUUUCGGCAUUCCUUUUCUUGUUUAAGGACACAUUCCGGAAGGAAAGAAGUACGACAUACCAGAAUGUAUUGAAGAGGAGGAUCCGAGAGCAACAGUCGUCAGAAGCAAAGGACGAGCCACGAAAGAUUUCGGAGAAGGAAUCACAAGUGAACGAUGAAGAGCAGACGAAUCCGAAGGACAUUGAAGCGCAGAUGAAUUCGAAGGACCUUGGGGCGCAGACGAGUUCAAAGGGCAUCGAAGGACAGCCGACAGUCAUACCAGCAUCAGCCAUCAGAGAAGUAAAGUUGUCCAUGGCUGAUGUCAACCCUUUCCCUCCAUACCUAUUGAUUAUCAGCCGCAAGAACAACUUUGCCAUCUUAAUACCAUCAGGUUUGCUUUUUGCAUUUAGCUUUAGCAUUACGUAUACAUGCGCAAGGACAUUGUCGAUGCAUUAUAAUUACGAUGCUUUGAAGACUGGCCUCGUCUUGCUUGCCUAUGGUGUUGGUAGUGUAACCGGUAGCAUAUUGGGUGGACGUUGGUCCGAUAGGACACUUGCUCGGCUAAAGGCAGCGAACGGAGGGAGCAGCUUUCCAGAGAUGCGCCUCGAGAGUACGAAAGUCGCCAUGGUGUGGUUACCUCUUUCUGUGAUUGGAUAUGCUUGGGUGUGCCAAGAACGGGUCAAUGUCGCUGCGAUAUGUGUAAUGCUUUUCCUCGCAGGAUUUUUAUCCAUAUGGAUCUACACAAGCACCCUGGCAUACAUCGUCGAUGCAAACACUGGUCGCUCAUCAACGGCAGUAGCGACCAACAGUUCUUUCCGCGGUCUGUCUGCUUUUGUUGCUGCUGAGGUUGCUGUUCCUCUACAGUAUUGGCGACGGUGGUUUGUAUACGCUCUGGGCGGGGCUGCUGGUCAUUGCUAAUUGUUUUAUCUUACUGGUGUUGUACAAAGGCAGGAAGUGGAGAGAAGCCAGUGCUGAGCGGGAGAGGCAGAAGCUGGAUGGCAAGUAGACGAUCAUCAUGACUUCCGAGGUUCCGAUGUACCAUAGAUGACGAUAGACGAUACUAUAUUAACAGAAUUAACUGCUUCACUGGUAUAGAAUCAAGGCUUAUUCGCCGUCAAUUUAUAUGUGCAUCAA